UUGCAGCCAAUUCUCUCCGUUGGCAUUUUGUUCAUGAUCAUCCGGAUUGUUCUCUCCUGGUACCCACAGAUUCCUGGGGACAAGCUGCCCUGGUCAGUGGUGGUGAAGCCGACAGAGCCAGUCCUGGGGCCAACAAGGCGUGUGAUCCAGCCAGUGGGGGGCGUUGACAUAUCGCCCAUCAUUUGGGUGGCACUUUUGAGCUUCAUCAAUGAGAUAUUACUGGGGCCCCAAGGCAUCCUCAACCUCCUUCAGCGCAAAAUUGAUGUGCUUUGA